AAAACAAAAGAGAAUUAGUAUCACCACACAAAACAAGAUUGAAAAUUCAGCAGCGUCGUCGUCCAGGCCUUGAGAAGAAACAGCACCAACAAAACAUUAAUGGCUCACAGCUUAGCCCUCUCUCUUUAUCCUCUCCUCCCAUGGAUUAUUCGAAAUGGAAACAGUAGCUUCUCUUCUACCCUCUCUUCUCUUCUGCCUUUUCCCAUAUAUUAAUAAUGCUAAUUACUAUUUUAUUUUCAUCUUCUCUUUCUUUCCUUUUUCUAUGUAUCUUUUUCAAAAGAAAAAAGAAUUAUUAUGUUCUCUGACUAAGUUUUUAUCACACCAAAAUUUCUGUUUCAGUUUUUUUUUUUUUUUAAUUUUAUGUUUGAUUUUCAUCUAGUUUUAGAAGUAUGUAUUGAUGAGUUUCAAACUUAGUUUUCAUUUUAAUUCUAAUACACUUAGAGACAAAGAUAAAGACCUCGUCUUGAAACCAUUCAUUUAUUUUUUAAAAUUUAAGAUUAUAAACGUUAUUUUUUUUUAAUUCUCUGGUAUUUCACUGAUUUUUAAAACUAAAACCACAUUUUGAAAAGAAAAAAAGAACAGUGAAAGGAUAAGGGGCACGUAUUGAGUGGAUGCAAUUUUGUUUUCUUUUAAAGUGAUACAUUUUUAUUGCUUAAAAUUCAAAAUUUUCUAUAAUAUUAACACAAUGUUAGAAAAACUUGGUUUUAUUUUUAUUCUUUUCACAUAUGUGCCCGUGUUUAUACAUUGAUGGAAGGAGGAGUAAACUUGUAGUUCAAGUUAAGCACUCACCGGCUCAACAGCUGAGUCAAGAUGAUGAGUAUUUUGCAUAGUUGCUUCCAAACAUUUUCCAUAUGUUUCUGCUACAUCAGUUAAUAAUUAUAUAUUUUUGAGAGAGACAUAAUCGAUCUUAAAAAUAAAAAUAGUGGGGGAGGAAUUGUUAGUCGGAGCGGCUUUGGGUGCUUUAUUGGGAGAGUUCCUGAAACGGGUUAUGAAUCUGAUGGAAAAAACCGUUCAUUUCACACCUGAGCUUCAAGUACUCAAAUCACAGAUUGAGUUUUUACAAAUAUUAAUGGAUCAGGUGAAUGAGCUUGGUGAGGAUUUCAAGCUUCUAUAUUCUGAUCAAGCCUUGAAGAUACUCAUACAUAAAGGUAAGCAACUUAUUAAAGAAUGCAAUGAUGCUGUCGUACGAAGUACUCUCUCCCGGUACCGCAAGAUCCCAUGUUACACAAAAAAAUUCCGAAGAUUGGAUGCUGAACUUAAAAGGGCGGAAAGCAAUUUGAGGUUUGAGUUAUGCGUACAACAAAUUAAGAAAUUACCAGCUCUCAAUGAUGGUCGCAAUGGUCGAAUUCGAGACCCAGCUAAAUUAAUUGUAACCAAAAUCCUCGAUAAAAUACUUUCGGGCGAGAGUGGGAGAAAUAAUAAUAAAUAUAAUAUCAAGCUGCCCUUGCUGUUUUAUCACGAUCAGAGACUCAAAGGGAAAGCAGGUGCAAAAUUUGUUGCUGCUUUUGUGGAAAGAGCUGUAGAACACAUGAAGGACGACCAAAAGGAAGGGAUUGCGGGAAGAUUUGAAGAGAUAAUAAAGAAGUUGGGGGAAGGUAGAUUUGAGAAGAUAUUUCAUCCCACAUUUGAAACAAGUAUUGUAGCAGGUGACGAAAAGCUUCAAAUAUCGUUUAUUUGUAAUUUGUCAACUACAAGAGAGAGAGGUGAAAAUGAAACAGUAGCAGCAUAUGGUGUUUUAUUUGUAUCUUCAGCAAAGGUUGCAUUCUGCAGUUUCAAACCUACUCUACGACUACUUUCCUCCGAUGUUAAUAUACAAUCCCUGAUCAAGGUAGUUAUACCAUUGGAGGUACUAAAAGACGUUGAGUAUGAUGGAGAUCAAAAAUGCAUACGAGUCAUCGCCGUUGAUGACCAGAAAUUUGAGUUUAUGAAUUUCCGAAACUACAAAGUCGCUAAAGAAGGCAUCCAACGCUUCCACUCGCACCCAUUUGCACUCGCUAGCUCUACAAACUCUCUUUGCCUUAAUUCUUGGGUUGACACUUCAAGAAAAAUUAUGACCAUCUUUAGCACUUCUGAAUUUCAAGAGAUUGACUUCAAAUCCUGAAAUUUCAAAACACUUAUUACUAGAUAUGUUUGUUUUUCUGUAUGUAUGUAUGAAUAAUUUUAACACAUAGGUGACUAUGUUUGAAUCUUGAAAUAACAUUACACUGUUUAUUGACAAUAAUGUUGGCAUCUUGGAAUUCCAAGAGAUUUAUAUA